UUUUUAAACGUGUGAGGCACAGAGGCACAGGGGCAGGAGUGUAUAGAGGCACGGGGCUGGUAGAGAUAACAGCAGGGGACAAGAAGAAAGAGCAGAUACAAGUGUUAGGAAGUGACAUCUUCUCAUACAGGCAUUCUCUGGACACUGUCUCCCGGGGUCCUACUGCUGCUGACGGCCCCUCCCCCUCACUUCUCCUCUCUGGGUAAGGAAAGGAAGAGAUGGAGGAUAGACGAUCAGCUGGAGCUGCCAUGAGGGGACACAUACAGCUGUUCAGACUCAACACAGAAAGCACCGUGACAGGACGACUACACCUGGGAUUCUGAAGUUGGUUGCAGUUCACAUCACCUCUGGAAAUUGGAUUAUUACCAUGCUGUGUUCUGUCUGUCUUCUGCAUGCAGUGUUUCCUGAUUUGGCGCUGUACACCUGAUCUGUAGAUGAGCCCUGAGAACGUAAACAACCAGAUUCUUUCCAUACAGCCGAGCAGCACCAGGUCAUAUACUCUUCUGGUUACCAGCAGGUAUAGGAAGUCAAUACUCUCUAGGAAAAGGGCAAGCAAAACACUAAACAGGAACACAUCACCAUGUGGCUCCCUCUGCUGGUGCUGUUGGGUCUCCUCUUCCUAUACAGACGAUAUAGACAUGGUCUGAUCCUGGAGAAUCUCACAGACAAAUAUGUCUUUAUCACUGGAUGUGACACUGGGUUUGGAAACCUGCUGGCAAAACAACUGGACAAGCGUGGAAUGAGAGUCCUGGCGGCUUGUCUGACGGAUCAUGGGGCAGAGGAACUCAAGAAGGAGACGUCAACCAGAUUACAGACAAUACUACUAGAUGUCACCAACAGCCAGAGUGUCAGCGCUGCUGCAGAGUGGGUCAAUAGUAUUGUUCUGGAUACAGGACUCUGGGGCCUGGUGAAUAAUGCUGGCAUAUCCAUUCCUACUGCCCUAAAUGAAUUGCUGACUAAAGAUGACUUUGCCAGAAUUUUUAAUGUGAAUCUUCUAGGACUUAUUGAUGUUACACUCAAAAUGUUGCCCAUAAUUCGAAAAGCUCAGGGUCGUGUUGUUAAUGUUGCAAGCAUUGCUGGCAGAAUAGCCGUCUGUGGUGGAGGAUAUUGCAUAUCAAAAUACGGGGUGGAAGCUUUCUCUGACAGUCUUCGACGGGAAAUCAGCAGAUUUGGUGUGAAAGUCAGCAUCAUAGAGCCUGGUUGCUUCAAAACAUUUAUUAGUAGUCCAGAAAGAAUAAUAGAAAAAUUGCAUGAGCUUUGGGAGAUGGCCUCAGAAGAAAUUCGUUGUGCCUAUGGGCAGAAACAUUUUGAUAAAUAUUGCAAACAAUUUGAAGCAUUUUCAAAUUUGAACCCGAAGCUCCACCAGGUCACAGACUGCAUGGAGCACGCCCUGACUGCUGUCUACCCACAAACACGCUAUUCUGCCGGCUUGGAUGCUAAACUCUACUUUAUACCUCUUUCCUACUGUCCAACUGUAAUAGCGGAUUUUUUCUUUCCACAAGGACCUGAGUCAUGUGGCUUCUGAUCCUUGUUGCAUUAGGUUUGGUCUACCUCUUCAGGUGGAACCAAAGACGUUUGAUUCUAUCCAAUCUCCUAGAUAAAUAUGUACUGAUC